UAAGGAUAUUGUAACUAACCAAGUUCUUUUAUCCAACCCCAAAUGUUAUUUCAUACUUGAAUUUUAAAAUUAUUAAUUUUACACUAAAGCUAGCAAUGAGGCAUGCUUCGUUCAUAGCUAGGACAGUCUUCGUGCAAAAUAAUGACGUAGAAGCAGCAUGUAGAAUCUUAAACAGAAUACUAGGAAGGGAAGAUAUUCUCGACCAGUAUAGAAGAACCAGAUACUAUGAAAAACCCUAUCAGUUUCGUAGAAGAAUCAAUUUUGAGAAGUGUAAAGCAAUUUACAAUGAAGACAUGGACCGAAAAAUUCAAUUUGUGUUGAGGAAAAAUAGAAUAGAUCCUUUCCCAGGUUCCUUGUAACAGCCAAAUAAAAAUGUGGUUUUAUUCUUAAUACUGUGUAAUAAAAUAAGUCCUUAAAUGUAAAAGUAUAAAUAGACAAGGCUUAGU